AUGUCUUCAACAGAUGCCGAGGCGCCUCCAGCGGCCUUAAAUGGCGACUCAGCCUCGCGAAUUGGGCCUCACCCCGGCUACAUCUCCAGCUCGAACCAAUACUCCUCCGAGCUCAAGAUACGGCGCAUGCUCAAGGAAAAUGGGUGUGAUCCCGCGCGAGAGGAUAAUUACCGCCUGCAGGGCGUCCAGCUCAUAGACACUGUGAGGCAGCAUCUGAAUCUGCCGGUGCGGACUUUUGACACGGCGUGCACGUAUUUCCACAAGUUCCGCCUCAACUUCCGCGAUGCCGAGUACAACUACCAGGACGCGGCCCUGGCCUCGCUGUUUGUCGCGUGCAAGGUUGAAGAUACGAUUAAGAAGUCCAAGGAUAUCCUCGCGGCGGCCUACAACGUUAAGAACCCUGAGAAGCCCGCGGCGUCGGACGACAAGAUCUUCGAAUCUCCUGGCAAAAUCAUCAUUGGAUUAGAGCGACUGAUUCUCGAAACGAUUGGCUUCGACUUUCGCACACGCUACCCCCAGAAGCUGCUGGUCAAGGUUGUCCGCAGCAUUCUCGGCCCCGAAGAGGAAAAACCCUUCUUCAACAUUGCCUACGCCAUGAGCAUCGACAUGUACAAGACUUUUGUCCCCAUCAAGCGAACCACCUUCUCCAUGGUCAUGGCCCUGGUGGAGCUCACAGCCCGCAUGACUGGCGAGCACUUGGACAAAGUCGAGGCCUUUGUUGCUCAGCGGCGGCAGUAUUCCCGCCCGGCUGUGCUCGAGACAAUGCUGGACAUUCUGGAUCUAUACGUCCAAUAUCACAAGUCGACCAAAGUCGGCGCGCAGUUUGACUUGAACCGAUUCAUGGACAUCAAGAUCGCCCUUAACACGGAGCUCGAAAAGGAAUUCAUCUCUCGACACAUGUACUACUGCAGUCGCUGCGAGAACGAGGAUGCCCCUCCCGUCACCCCUGGGUCUGCGACUUCACCCACUGCAACGGCGUCAUCGUGGCCUGGGGAUGCGUCUAUGAGACGAACGGCCCGCGGGCAGGAUGGUACCAUGCGGUUCGUUUUCGACCCGGAGGCAGCUCGAGAGGAGCAAGACACAGUGGCGCAGUUCCACAACGAGGAGUAUGAGGAGUAUGAAGUUGAGGUGGAAGAGCCAAUACCGCCGCCGAGAUAUGAGCACGCUGAAGGGGGCGGUCGUGGAGGUUAUCGUGGUGGACAU